ACAAUUUUUCUUGUUACAAUUUUGGAACAACAACUUUAAGAUGAAUCAAUUAGAUAAUCUUUCCUUUAAUUAUCGUUAUUUUGUUUAUCAUCACAUGUCUCAUCAUCUAAAUCUCUGCUAAUUGUUACCAUAAUUCUCGAGUAUUGUGAAUUCUUUCCCUGUCUUUGGUUAUAUUUACGCUUCUAUGGUCGCUUUAGUUGUUUCAUUUUCUAAAUUUUUUUCUCCUUCGGUUUUCAUCAACUGUUUUUGUCUUGGAUUUUUUUAAUUACUACUCUUGAUUUGAUUAUUAUUAUAUUUUCAUUUUGUUCUUUCCUUUCCUCUUCUUUGAAAUUUACAUUGAAAUGCUUCUUUUCUCACUGAUCAUUACUCUAGCAUACUGGUCGUCUAUUUGUAAUGGUUACCAGAUUGUCUCUGGUAAAGAUCUUGUUUAUGCCUCAAAUUACAGUUAUUAUGUUUAUAAAUCAACUAAUAGAUUAAGAGUAAUUUUAACAACUUUAAAAGGUGAUGCUGAUCUCUAUAUAGCAAAGGACCGAGUAAAACCUACCACUGAAUUGGAAACUCACCAAUUACAAAGUGUCUCAUGUGGUAUUGAUAUUGUCGAUAUUCCUGACAAUUUUAGUCCCGAAUUUACUAUCGGUGUUUAUGGUCAUCCGUCUUUUGAUUAUUCAGUUUAUCAAUUGGAUAUUGUGAGUUACACCGAAGAGGAAGACAUAAGUGCCCAUGAGAAUGGUUCAGUUGAUCUAAAAGAUAAGGCUGAGAUUUAUCGAUUAAUCCAGUUGAUUGAAGAAGGUGCAUUUAGUGAGGAAUCAAGGAAACCGGGUAAAGAUGGAGAAGAUCCUGAUGAUGAAAGUGAUAAUGAAAAAGAGACUCUAUUCACAGCCCUUUUACACUAUUUAUUGGACUUUAUUUUGAUUGUAAUCGAUUUAUUAUCUUAAUAACAUCAACAUCACCAAUCACUCGAAAAACUUAAUAGUGAAUCAGUGCUCAUCCUUAAAAUGGUUUCGAUUUUCAUCUCUACUCUCUACGCUUACUAAAUUUUUCUCAAUUCUCUGGAUUUUUUCCUUCUCUCUUAAUCUUAAUUGAUUACAAGUUCCACAUUUACAGUGAUACAAUCAAUUUUCACCAUUGGAACCUUCACUUUUGCUCUACAUUCAAGUCUACACGAGCUGUUGAUAAACAAACAAAUCGAGAAUCGAAUCGAUUUAAGUUUUUUUUUCGCUAGCCUGUCUUCCUAAUGUAUCCAGAGACAAGGAGAUUCAUUGAAUUCGGAAAAAUGAUCUUCCCUCCACCUGAAAGAGUGAAUUGUUGAAAGACAUUAAUUGUUCAUCUUAUUGAGACAAAAGAUAUUAAAUCUAUCAAACAGAUGAAUAUAUUAAGUGAUGAAAAACAAACUGUGCCCUUAAUUAAAUCCAAAUCAAUUUCUUUUUCUUUUUUGAUUUUCUAAUGCAAAAACAAAAGUUCCAAUCAAAAAAAUGGAAUAAUUUUCUCACUGUGAUCAUCACUUUUCGGUCCUGAACAACUUAACAGUCAAAAUUUUCCUCUUUCUCUCUCUCUCAUCAGAAUAACAAUACAAUAAUAUUAAUAAUAACAAUAUUUUGUUACGAUUUCAAAAUAAUCAGCAAACAAAAUUCCCGAUGAAAUAAUCUUUCUAGAUGAGAUAUUGUUAAAUUUUCCCUUUGCCAAAAUUUGUAACCAUAUUUCAAGAAUAAACCUUUAGCAUAUAAACUAUAAA